UUUCAUUUGAACGUCAUUUCUGUUAAGUGAAGAGUAAAAGUCUAAUACAAAAAUUUGAAACGAAAAGUUAAAUCGAUUUUACUUUUGCCUUUGUGUCUCUGUGUAUCCCCCACCACCUCCAUAUCUAGUUAACCGCGUAACGAGAUGGACGGGCACAACUAUAUAGUCUAUAUUAUAAGACAUGUGUGUGUGUGUGCAUGCCUAUAUAAUAUAGCUCAUGUUCUUCUAAUUCCUAACUCGAACAAGAAACAGUAAGAGAGAACUUAUAAUAGAAAAGGCUAUAUGGGGAAUUGUGCACUAAAGCCAAAAGUUCUGUCAGAAACCGGAGCUCCGGCGCCGGAGGAGCUCAAGGAUUCACUUCUUGAAUACCAUAAGAUCGACGCUGCAAAAUCUCUUAGCAACUUGUUCCUUCAAGACAAGACAGAGAAGACAACGAAAGAAGACGAGAAGAUCACACCAGAAAAAAUGCCGGUAACUGAAGAUCUGAAAACAGCUUUGGCGGAGGAAAAAUCUCCGACUAAAGAGGCAAAAUCUCCGGUAACAGAGACCAAAUAUGCGAUAACAGAGACAAAAGCUCCGGCUGACGAGAAUAUAACUGAAAAUCUGAAAACAGUUUUGGAGGAGGCAAAAUCUCCGGCAACAGAGACAAAAACUCCUAUUACCGAGACAAAAGCUCCGGUUGAUGAUCAGAAGGUGAAGAACGAAGAGGCCAUUCGUAAAGAGAAAGUCAUUGACGUUGUGACUGUGAAAGAGACCGGAACAGAGGCGAAAGCAGAGGAGGUGGGAAGAGAAGCAGCACAGUGAAACAGCCUUGAAACGCCAGUUUUUGCGUUCUUGAUAGCAAAAUGCUUGUUUUGGAAUUUUGUUUAGAUUUUAUUUUUCCUCGAUAGAAAACCGCAAACGCUGGAUUCGUUAUAUGAAUUGAAAACUUCAGAUUUCCUUUAAA